AUGCUCUACGGUCAGAAUCUUUUGCAAUUUGAAGCAAGAAAUAGAUCCCAGUUCAUAGAUGCUAAUUCGAAGCUCAUCAAGACAUCAACACCAGUUGCUCAAGCCCUUUUUCUCAGUCAUAAUAGAUUACAUAUAAAUGAUCACUGCAUAACCAAAAUCUCACUUCUUCAUGAGCUGUCUGAUAGUAAUUUGGAAGAACUAGCUUCAACCUUGUUUGAUAUUAAAGAAGUUUGGAGCUCUAGAACUCUGGUUAACAAAUCUUUGCAUAGGCACUACAACUCAAUGUUGCACACAGAGCCGUCUCUUUCUAUAUAUAGUACGGAGGAUAAGUUCGAAGAAGCGAGGGAAAAUGGAGAUUCAGGUGACGGGAAAUUGGAGAGAAGCACGACAACUGGAGAAAGUAUUGAAGGUGAAUUUAAUUUUGGAAAGAACGUAAUGUGGAAGAUUGAGGAAGGCGAUAAUGAACAAGAUGUAGAAGAAAGAAAGAGAAAUUCGAGUCGAAUCAAAGAUCUGAAAAUUGAUGUUGAAGGUGAGACGGUGAGUCAUGUAAUUUAUCAUGAUACAGGGGCCGGGAUUGAAGGUAUUGGUACUGACGGAGGUAUUGAACCAUCAAAUUUUAAUGAUGGCGAUGAUCCUGAGAAUUACUACAAGAGGAUGAUUAGGGAAGAUCCUUCCAACCCUUUGUUUCUGAGGAAUUAUGCUCAAGCUCUGCAGUCGAAGGGGGAUUUUUUGGGAGCUGAGGAAUACUAUUCCCGUGCUAUAUUAAGAGAUCCUGAAGACGGCCAAGCGCUUCUGCAAUAUGCGAAAUUGAUGUGGGAGCUUUAUCGUGACCAAGAUAGAGCCUCGACUUAUUUUGAAAGAGCAGCACAGGCAGCUCCUGAAGAUAGCAAUGUUCUAGCUGCAUAUGCUAGUUUCCUUUGGGAAAUAGAUGACAGCGAGGAUGAAGACUGCACACCUAAUGACCCGAGUCAGAUUGAAGAAAACACCAUGCCGAUUGACCUUCAGAGAACAAACUUUGAAGAAGAUAAUAGACCAGCUAGCCCUCCUUUACAUCUAGCAAUGGGACUGGGAAUUGAUGUACCUAGUUUCCAUGGUGGCAUUGGUACUGAUGUUGAGGAAUAUUACCGCAGGAUGGUCAACGAAAAUCCUCGUAAUAAUUUAUUUCUGAGGAACUGUGCUCAGUUCUUACAUCAGUCCAAGGGAGAUCUUAUAGGAGCUGAAGAAUUCUACUCUCGUGCAAUACUGGCGGAUCCCAAUGACGGCGAGAUAAUUUCGCAGUAUGCUAACUUGGUGUGGCAGCUUCACCAUGACAAAGAUCGCGCUGUCUCCUACUUUCAGCGAGCAGUCCAAGCGACUCCAGACAAUAGCAAUGUUCUUGCCUCGUAUGCUAAAUUUCUUUGGGAAAUGGAGGACUAG